UGUUCCCUUCUCUUUUUCUUUAUCUGUGAAAUGAAAUAACCAAACAAACUGCGAAUUCAGUAUAGUUCACUUAACAGACCACUCAAUACAAGGCAUUACUCAAUAUUCUUUCUCUGGUUGAAGCAACUUUUCUUUCUCAUCUUCACAAAACACAAGAAUCACAUUGCAUACACAAAAACAAGAAGAGAAUUAAUUGUAAGUAACUAUGGCUAGUUCUGGUUGUCAUGCACUUUUCUUCGUAAUCCUCUCCAUAAUCCUAGCAUACACAGCAAUCACCACAAGCAUGCACUCUAAAUCAACCAAGAACUACUCAAAUUCAUCUCAACAACUCAUCAAACAUUCCCUCACAAUGAACGCUUCUAAAGCUCUACGUAAUCAAGGUUUCAACAUCUUAGCUACUCUCCUUCAAAUCUCUCCUGAAAUUUUCCUUUCAACUCCUCAAUCAACCAUUUUCGCCAUUCAAGAUUCCGCUAUUUCUAAACUCUCUGUUCCUUCUUGGGCAAUGAAACAGCUUUUACAAUACCAUACUUCACCUUCAAGAAUCCCAUUUCAAGAAUUGUUGAAAAUGUCCCAAGGUAGUUGCUUGAUGUCCCUUUUAUCUCAGAAAAAAAUAGCCAUCACCAAAGUUGAUGAAAAAAACAGGUUUAUUAUGAUCAACAAUGUAUCUGUUUCUCAUCCUGAUUUGUUUCUUGAAAAGAGUCUUUCAAUUCAUGGAGUUACUGGGACUUUUUCUGUGUUAGAUUUUCAUGGAAUGGAUGAACAUAUGGACGUUAUUCAAUCACCAAUAUGUGAAGAAACAUCAAACACAAAGGACUUGGUUGAUUGGACUAGGAUUAUUAAGUUGCUAAGCUCAAAGGAAUAUGUUUCGUUUGCAAUUGAAUUGCAUUCUGUUCUUGAUGGGAUUCUUCGAGAUUCUGCAAAUUUGAGUGAUGUAACAAUCUUUGCUCCUCCAAAUUUGGGAUUUUUAUCAUCCCCUUCACCAUUUCUUGAAAGAAUUGUAAGGCUUCAUAUAAUGCCAAAGAGGUACACUUUUAUGGAAUUGGCUUUCUUGCCUGAUAUAUCAUCCAUCAAGACACUGGCUCCAGGCCUAAAUGUUACCAUUUCUAAGAGAAAUUUUUCGCGCAUUUUGACAAUUGAUGGCGUCGAGAUCACAGCACCGGAUACUUUUGUAUCGAAGAGGUUCGUCAUCCAUGGAAUGUCUCGGCCUUUUGAGUUGGAGGAGCUAUCCAUUUCAUUCAGAUAAUUAGCUUUCUUAUUUUGUGCCACUAAAGCAUUAGUAUUUCUGUUAGAUGUAUAUUUUACUUGACCAAGUUUUGCUGUAUUCAUUUCAAACUAGAUUUAAGAUACUAGUACUAGAUAUGCAAGUUAUACUAGUCGUGCUUCUUAUGUUUAGAUUUGUAGCUCCAAAAUUGUUAUUUGGAUGUAACAUCUUAGCAGAGUUG